UAUUUGUAAAGGUAUUAACGUUUCUCCAACAUGUCCCCUAUGUUUUACUUCGUUUGUUGUCGUCUUCGUUGUAAACCCUAGUCCAGUCUUUGUGUGCGUUCAGCGGUGAGUCUCCAUGGCGAAAACCAGAGUGAAGAAACGAAGGCUCGCCAACAAAUCACUCGCUCCCACCCCUAAAAGCGACAAAAAAAUCAAGAACAAAUCCAAAUCCAGAACCCAAUUAUCCGAUUCCGACUCCGAAUUCGACCCGCAAACCAAGCUCCAAGCCCUCCUCGAGGCCUUCUCCAAAGACAAACUUAUCACCCUCGUCACCGACCUCUGCUUAUCCCACGACUCCCUUUUUUCCAUUAUAAAAACCGCUGCCGACAAGGACAUCUCCCAUCGCAAAAUUUUUGUCUACGGUCUCGGUUGGGACACCACGCACGACUCCCUACAGUCGGUUUUUAAAUCGUUUGGUGAAAUAGAGGUUUUGAACAUCGUGAAUGAUCGAGCAACUGGAAAGUGCAAGGGGUAUGCUUUUGUAACCUAUAAAACCCGGCAAUCUGCGAAGAAAUUAUUGGAAAACCCUAAAAUUAACAUUGGCAACCGUGUGGCCUCGUGCCAGCUGGCCUCAGCGGGUCCCAAUGCUGCUCCAGCUCCAGCUCCAGCUCCAGAAACAGUUAUCCGUCUGCCGUCUUCUGGGGAUUAUGCAAACAGGAAGAUUUAUAUAAGUAAUGUGCCAGUGAAUGCGAGUGCAGAGCAGUUGAGGGGUUAUUUUGAGAAAUUUGGGGAAAUUGAGAGUGGACCAACUGGGUUGGACCCCGCAACAGGGAAAUUUAAAGGGUACGCAAUUUUCGUGUAUAAAAAUUUGGAGGGAGCUAAAAGGGUUUUAGAGGAGCCUUACAAAGUAUUUGAAGGGCAUCAAUUGCACUGCCAGAAGGCCACGGAGGGGAAGAGUAAGGUGGGUAGUGGUUCAGCAUCAAUAACUACCACGUUGCAACCAGUUCAGCCGCACAUGGUGGCAGCAGCAGCCUCUCAGCAGGCACAGAAUCUGGCAUUGUUGGGGCAGCAGACAGGAUUUGUGAAUCCUUUGUAUGGUGGUGGGUCGAUUGGGAAUGCAAAUUUGGGUGGUUUGAUGGGAGGGUAUUAUGGGAUGAUGGGAGGUCAGCUUCAGGGCAUAGGUUUAGGGGCUUAUGGUGGUGUUGGCAGUGGAGGGUCAAGUGGGGCAAUUCUUCCGGGGUUGGGUUUAGGUGCUUAUAAUGGUAGUGGUGCUGGUGCUGGUAUUGGGGGGUCAAGUGGGGCGAUGCUGCAGGGGUUGGGUUUGGGUGCUUAUAGUGGUGCAGGUGCUGGCAGUGGGGGGUCAAGUGGCGCGAUGCUGCAGGGGCUGGGUUUAGGUGCCUAUGGUGGUGCUGGUGCUGGUAGUGGAGGAUCAAGCGCAGCAAUGCUUAUGCGGUUGCAGCAUGUGUACCCAAGAAUACAGAGUGAACAUACAUCCUUGGCUAAGUCUCCGAGGACUGGCAGAGGUGGUUACUCUGCGAACUUGUGAAGAAUUGUGGCUGAGCUCGAGAAGCAAGUUAAUAUAGUUUUGGCAAAUGUCCAGUGGCUUAAUUUGGGUCAGUGGCUUGGUCGUGGAAUAUGACAUUGCAGCUUUAUGUUUUUAUCUUUUAUUACUUUUCUCGUAGUUCACUUUAUUAUGUCCUUUUACUAACAUUUGAAGAACUUCAUAGAUAAUAAUUCAUAUUAUUGCAAAACCUUUUAUUACCUCUUCCUACGGUUUUAAUGAUUUUAACCUUUCUCAGUA